AGGAACUUCUGGCGAACUCCACAGAUGGUAAGCUGAAAAAAGGGGUGAAACCUGCACUAGCUGCACAACAUGAAGUGUCACAAAGGUGUAUCACACAUAUUUGGCAGCAUAUAAGGAAAUGUCAACGGGAGGGUUUACCAAUAAAUGUUGACAGAAAAAUGACUGGAAAGGUAGGUAAGAAAGCAAUAAUAACAGCUCAUGUUGACAUUACAAAUAUAGAACUACAUCGAAGGAAGAGCAUAAGAAGUCUGGCAAAGGCGAUGGGCAUACCCUCAACAAAUGUGCACAGACUCAUCAAAAAAGGUUUGAUAAAAGUACACACAAAUGCUAUAAAACCAUUUAUGACAGACUCAAAUAUGACAAAGAGGAUGGAAUGGGUAAUUUCACAAAUUGUUCCACAGUCAGUCAAUGACUUCUCAUCCACGGUUUGAACCCAUGUUCAAUUGUGUGCAUGUGGAUGAGAAGUGGUUUUACAUGACCCAAGUCUCACCGAGGUACUAUCUUGCCCCGGGUGAAGAGGAGCCUUACAGAAGUUGUAAGUCCAAGAGAUACAUCACAAAAGUGAUGUUUCUCUGUGUUGUUGCUGGGCCUAGAUUUUCUCCAUCUGAAGUGUUAUUUGAUGGAAAAAUAGGUAUUUUCCCAUUCACUGAAUUCUGUUCAGCUAAAAGGAAUAUCAAAAAUAGAGCACAAGGUACAAUAGAGGAAAAGGCAAUAGACAAUGUGACUAAAGAAGUCUAUAGAGAAUGUUUACUCAGAAAGGUGCUCCCUGCCAUCAAAGCCAAGUGGCCAAUUGAUGCAUCUGGUCAUAUUUUUAUCCAACAAGACAAUACCAAACCACACAUACAGCCUAAUGACAGUGAAUUCAUGGCAGCGGCUACUACUGAAGGUUUUAACAUAAAACUAGCAUGCCAACCACCCAAUAGUCCUGAUCUAAAUAUUCUGGACCUAGGUUUUUUUAGGUCAGUUGAGUGCUUACAACAGGCCAAUCGAAGUUCUACAGUUUCAGAGUUAGUAGUAGCAGUGACCAAGGCAUAUGAUGAGUUCAGUCCCUAUACUUUAAACAAGGUGUGGUUAUCACUACAGUUGUGUAUGACAGAGAUAUUAAUUGUUAAAGGUAACAACAACUACAAAAUACCUCACAUAGGACAUGACAACCUACAUGCUCAGGGGGAACUACCUAUCUCAAUUGGUGCAGACCCAACACUAGUGAGGGAAGUUAUGGAGUUGUUGGCUAAUGGUAGCACUCAGGCUUAGGUAUAGUAGGUAAUGGUACUGGUUUUUGGGUACAGACAUGAUCUAGGUUCUUGAUAUUUUUGGUUUUUGGGUACAGACAGGUUCUUGAUAUUUUUGGUUUUUGGUACAGACAUGUUCUUGAUAUUUUUGGUUUUUGGGUAGUCACAGGAUCCUGGAUUGGGCUACAAACAAUGUACACAUCAAAACACUGUCAUCAGCUAUAUAUGAAGGUUUAUUGGAGUGCUAGAAGAGAUGAAUCUUUAUCGAGAGAUAGAAGUAUGUGAAGCUUGCGAUGUGUUGGUGAUACAAGUGUGUGAUAAUUUAUUGUAACUGUUAGAUUUUAUAAACUUUUAUUAAAAGAUGAGGAUUUUGAUUGUAUUCACACCGAAUAUUGGUGAUGUAUAACUAACGUAGUAUUUCUUUUGGAAUUAUGGUUUUGAUUUGUGAAGUGACAUACUAUUGUUGUAAUAUUAAUGUUUCUUAUUUUAUAGAUAGGGUAUGUUUUGGUUGGAAACACCAUCUUUGUAAAUUCGGGUAGUAGAAAAAAACAAAAAUAAUAUUACAAUUUUU